GUUUUACUCAUUACGACCGGUUUCAGAAUGUAAACCAAUAAACCAACUUGAGCUCACCGACUACAGUACAAAUUCCUGUUAAAAUACCUCCAGCGUAACUAAGAUGGCGGAUAAAAAUGGUAGAUUACUCAUGGAACUGUUGAAAAAACCAGGUAACAGUACGUGUGCUGACUGUGGGUUUGAAAGUCCUGAAUGGGCCUCAUACAACCUCGGUAUAUUCCUGUGUACCCGCUGUGCUGCUUGCCAUAGGCAUAUGGGAGCUCAAGUUAGUAAAAUCAAACACCUUAAACUGGACCAAUGGGAGGACGCCCAGGUUGCGCGGAUAAAGGAUAUAGGAAAUAUGAACUCCAAGCUCAAAUAUGAAAGAUGGGUUCCUCCGUCUUAUAGAAAAGUAGACAAAAAUACUCCUCAGGUUCUGGUUGAACAGUAUAUAUUCUCUAAGUAUAGUAGAGAAGAAUUUAUUCACCCUGAGAGACAAAGCUACACUUCAGGGUUUAUGGAAGGAUACCUCAUGAAGAAAGGACGAGAAAAUAAUCAAUUUCUGCCGAGAAAAUUCGUACUAAGUGAGAUUGAUAACACGCUGAAGUACUAUGUAAAAGAUAGGAAGGAUCCCAAGGCAAUAGUGAAGAUUUCAGACAUUAAUGUAGAGUUUGCUCCUUCAAAAAUUCCAUUCCCUAACUCCCUUCAGAUUGAUUAUCUUAAGGAUGGUAGCACCCGGCAUAUAUAUGUUUAUCAUGAUGAUCCUCAAACUGUUGUUAAUUGGUAUCAUGCUAUCAGAUGCUGUAAACUUCAUUUACUUCAAGUAGCAUACCCAGCGGCAGCCGAGUGUGAACUACUGGAUCAUCUUUCUCAGGAUUUUAUCCGCGAAGGAAUACUCUACAAGACAGGACCCAGUCCUAAGGUGGGUCAACCUAAACAUGAGGUUUUCAAAUAACCCCUCUAUUUUUAG